AUGGGCCGGUUGGCAGACAACAAGCGAGUGAUCGGAGCAGACUUGCGCAACGAGGUUCGCGGGCUGUGGGGGACGAUGUCUUGGGAGCGUUGGGCGACGGCAGCCGAGCACUGCGGCAAGCGGUUGCUGGCCCUGAACCCGGCCUGGCUGAUCGUUGUGGGUGGCACCGGGUCAGGCAACGACCUGAGCGGCGUGGCUGCCCGUCCAGUGCAGCUCCAAGUUAGCCAUCGCGUCGUCUACUCAGUCCACGUCUACGGCUGGUCUGGUUGGGGCAGUCUUGGCGGCCGUUUCGUCCAGCGGCCCUACCGCUCGUUUGCGGCAGCUAUGCAGUCAGCCUGGUCAUAUCUGCUAGAGUCUGAGACCGGAGAUUCCGGGCCCGUGCCCGUCUGGGUGGCCGAGUUUGGUGCCCCCCAUCGACCGUCAGUCGGCGACGUUUGUUAUUGGCAGCACCUGUUGCGCUUCCUGGCCGCUGUCGAUGCUGACUUUGGCUACUGGGCCGUUAAUCCGCGCAAGACUGACGGCAGUGAGGAGACGUACAAACUGGUAGACGACGACUGGCUGACGCCCGUGCUGGACUACCGCUUGCGGGAUCUGUUGGGCUUGGGAUGA